AAUGGAGGGAGCGGCGGUGGCCGUCUGCGAGAUUUUGAAAUACUUAAUAAUUCACUGGACGUGUGAAACAGGAGUUUCAAAGGGAACACUGCUAGAAGGGCAGCUAAUGAUUUCCAUAGAAACAUUAAAUUCCAAGCCCCAGGCAAACGCUCUUCGCUGUGUAACAACUAUUGCUUCUGCAGGGUGCCUUUAUAGUGGCUUCAUCCUCAAGAAAUUCAUAAAAGAAAUACAGUCUGUGCUGCCCAGGUUCUCGGCGAAGAAGCUGACAUGGACUUCAGAGGAAAACAGCUGUUCCCAGCAUGCAUCAGGACUAACACCAUUCCAGAUAAUUUUUGAGGUUGAUGAAGAGCCCAGAACACUGAUAAGAGAUUGUCUAAUUAUAAAACAUUUUUUACGCAAAGUCAUUGUGGUGCAUCCUAAGAUGAGAUUUAAUUUCAGUGUGGAGGUAAAUGGAGUCCUGUCAACAGAUGUCUUCGGGGUAGAGAAUGAACCCACUUUGAACCUGUCAAACGGAAUUGCUCUUGUCGUAAACUGUCGGCAUUAUGUGAGCAGAUCAAACUUUGGUACGACUGAAGCACACUGCAACAGAAUCCACCCUGUGCUCGGGCAUCCUGUAACGCUUGUAAUCCCUGAUGACGUGGCUGGCAUGGACUUGCUGGGAGAACUGACGCUGAGCCCGGCUGCUGCUCUGUGUCCCAGCCAAAAGGUCUCUUCCAACCAGCUCAGCAGAAUUUCUUCAGCCUCCAUAUUCCUAUAUGGACCUUUAGGUCUGCCUCUGAUGUUGUCAAGUUGGAAGGAGCCAACUACUGCUGUCUUCAAAGAUACCUCUUAUUUCAUUGACUGGAAAAAAUACCACUUGUGUAUGGUGCCCAAUUUGGAUCUCGAUUUGGACAAAGAUGUCAUGCUUCCAGAUGUGGGUUAUCAGGUGGGAUCCAGUCAGCGGGAUCAGUCUCAGAAUAUGGACCCUCCAGGACGAACUCUGCUACUUUUUCUCUUUGUGGAUUUCCACAGUGGAUUUCCAGUCCAGCAAACGGAACUCUGGGGGGUCCACACUCUGCUCCGAACUCACCUCAGUACCGUCCUCAGGGAGAGCCACAGUGUGGUGCAAGAUUCCAUCCAGUUCACCGUGGACCAAGUCCUGGGGCAGCAUCAUCAGGCCGUCAAGAGCCAGCAGAAACUGAAGGCCUCCCUCUCUGUGGCUGUGAAUUCCAUCCUCACCAUUGUGACUGGGAGUACCGACAGCAGCUUCCGAAAGACCUGUCUCCAGGCCCUUCAGGCAGCUGACACACAGGAGUUUGGGACCAAACUGCACGAAGUAUUUCAUGAGAUCACUCAGCACCGACUUCUUCACCAUGGCCCAUGUGACAGGAAGCAGCAGCCGAGCCCAGAGGGAGAGGAUUCAGCCCCGAGGACCGAGGCUGCUCGUGAGAACAUCCGCCCAGAAUGCUUUGCAGAGAACAAGAGGCUCAAGACGGGCGUGGACGAGACGCGAGCCCCGAGCCCGGCGGCAGCGGCCACGCGCCGCCCCGAGCCCUGCGCGGCCCCGGCCCCGGGCGCGCCGAGCCCCGGGCGCGGCCUGGAGGAGGCGCUGUGGCUGCGGGAGGUCUCCAAUCUGUCCGAGUGGCUGCGUCCCUGA